GAAGCAUUGUGAGUGUGGGCGAUCCAAAAAAGAAGUAUACGUGUUUUGAGAAGAUUGGACAAGGAGCCUCAGGUACAGUUUACACGGCAAUGGAUGUUGCUACGGGACAGGAGGUUGCAAUCAAACAGAUGAACUUGCAGCAGCAGCCCAAAAAAGAACUGAUUAUUAAUGAAAUCCUUGUGAUGAGGGAAAACAAAAACCCCAACAUUGUCAACUACUUGGACAGUUACCUUGUAGGAGAAGAGCUGUGGGUGGUCAUGGAAUACUUGGCAGGAGGCUCCCUAACAGAUGUUGUGACAGAGACCUGCAUGGAUGAAGCACAAAUCGCAGCUGUGUGCCGAGAGUGUCUCCAAGCUCUGGAAUUCCUCCAUUCAAACCAAGUUAUUCACAGAGACAUCAAGAGUGACAACAUCCUGCUGGGAAUGGAUGGUUCUGUCAAACUAACUGACUUCGGCUUCUGUGCCCAGAUCACUCCUGAGCAGAGCAAACGCAGCACCAUGGUGGGAACCCCAUACUGGAUGGCGCCUGAAGUGGUGACGCGGAAAGCAUAUGGGCCCAAAGUGGAUAUCUGGUCACUGGGGAUAAUGGCCAUCGAGAUGAUCGAAGGAGAGCCCCCCUACCUCAAUGAGAACCCGCUCAGAGCCCUGUAUCUCAUUGCUACUAAUGGAACUCCAGAACUGCAGAAUCCGGAAAAACUUUCACCCUUAUUCCGAGACUUCUUAAAUCGCUGCCUUGAAAUGGACGUGGAAAAGAGAGGUUCUGCGAAAGAGCUGCUACAGCACCAGUUCCUGAAAAUUGCAAAGCCUCUAUCUAGUCUUACCCCUCUGAUUAUUGCCGCUAAAGAGGCAGCCAAGAACAACCAUUGAAGUAGGGGAGUCAACACAGUCGUCGUGUCAAGACUUUUAGAUGUUCAUUUCAAAGACUGGAUUACCUGUCCCUCUCCCCUUCUGCUCCUUCUUCACAGGGGUGUUCUUAAAACUUUGAUCUGCCCUGAAGGGUGGCAGAGGUAUUGUUCACUGAAAGUGGAAGGACACACAACAGGGACAUUGCUGAUCUUAAAUAGUGAACUG